CUUGCCGUAGUUAAAAAAAAAAAAAAAAGGAAAUAAAAAAUACGGCAAGGGUCAAAGUUGAAACCGUGGCAAACAGAACCAUCAUGGAGACGGAGGAGAGGAGAAGGAGCAGAGCCUCCUCCUCUAAAACACCCCAGAACGGUGGAAAACGUGUCAACGGUCUGACCACUGAAGAAGAAGAAGAAGCAAGGAGGAGAGAGCUGGUGAAGGAGAAGCUGAGGUCGCAGCUGGAGCUGGAGAAGAGAGCUCAGAUGGUAGUGGAGCGUCUCCUGGAGGACAGCGUGGCUGACGACUUCCUGGCCCACUGUGCCAAAUUCAUCACUCCAGCUGAUUACAAAGAUGCUAUAGAGGAAAGAUUUAUUGCAAAAAUGUGUGGUUAUCCCGUAUGUCCAAAUAAACUGGGCAAGAUCCCAACUCAACAGUAUAGAAUCUGUACCAGGACCAAUAAAGUGUACGACAUUACGGAGCGCAAGUGCUUUUGCAGUAACUUCUGUUACAAAGCCUCUAAAGAGUUUGAGGUACAAAUAUCAAAGACACCUCUGUGGCUCAGACAGGAUGAGAGCCAUCCAGAAAUCAAACUGACGAAGAAAGGCGAUGGUGGAAGAUCUGGUGAGGAGGUGAUGCUGUCCGUGAGGCCUCUCCAAAAGAAGGACAUCGAGAAUCUGCCGACUGCUCAGCCUGAGGAGCCUCACGCUUCUCAGCAGUAUCAUGCUGCAGACGGCCUCAGCCACAGCCACAGCGACAGCAGCGACAUGGAACAAGAGCAGGACUUUGUCUCCAGUGUGGUUUCGCAGCAGCAGGGACGGAGAGUGCACUGGGGGGACCUACCUAAACGCACAGAUGGAGACGACAAAGGAAAGCGAGGAAAGACAGAGAGCAUAGAAAGACAGAAUGGAGAGGGAGCUGAGGAGAAGAUAGAGCAUCAGCAAAGUCAUGCAGCAGAAAAGGAGGGGAAGAUGAAAGAAGAUAGAGAAAGAAAAGAGUCCAGUGACUGGCCCAGGGAAUCCAGUGUGGAAGAGGCUACAGCGAAGAUGAAUGUGUGCAGUUUGUCUGAGACAGUCACUCAAACUCUUUCCCCGCCUGUCAACUCAACACCUGCACCGGCAGAACACACAACAGCCCUCAUCUCUCCUCCAUUUAUUGACUCAAAACCCCCCACAGAAAACAAACCCCUCCCUUCUUUGACACCAACCACCACUCAUCUGAACAGCAACAACACAACAGUGCCCACCCAGCCGGGCCUCAGCAUCACCCAGGUUGGUAUGAGUAAGAAAGGAGCGGCAGGGCUACGAGAUCUACUCAAGAACCACACUGUUGCAUCCAAACCCGACUCCGUCCGCCAGAAUCUUCUUGAGUGCUUGAGAAGAACCUUGAAGGAAUGGAGCACUGACGAGACCCUGAAGUUCCUGUACGGUGCCGACCAUCCACUAGACUAUCCUUUUACUGAUGUAAGAGAGGAGGCGGAUGGAGAGGAGGAGCUGGAUGAAGAUGACUUCGAGGAGGGGUUGUCCGUUGAGGAUGGCAGAGGGGCUGAUGCUGGGGCGCUGAUGGGGCCCCCUGCAGCAGCGCCAGACUACAAGACGAUGAGGAAGGAGACCCAGCAGCUGGAGCUCCGAGUUAGGGAGUUUUAUAAAGGGACGUGGAUUCUGCCUGAAGAAGGGGAGGCGCCAAAUGAAAACAAGCAGGUGACAGUCCAGGACUGGGGCGAGAAGGAGCCGGUCCUGCCGCUCGUCGACUCUCAUUCUCAGCAUCUCAUCCAGAAACGAAUCACAGUGGAGAAGCUCACCAACUGUCUCAGAAACAUUGUGGGUUCUUUGCAUCUCACCAUGAGUGACGUCUCUGCCAACCUGAACAGUCUGGUCAAGACAUUCAGGUUCACCAACACAAACAUAAUCCAUAAAACUCCAGAGUGGACGCUCAUUGCCUUGGUGCUUCUACACCUGUUGGCAGCGGUGUCUGCCGUGGUGCGAGAGGCCUUGCAGACGACGGCAUCGGUGGAGUAUUCCAACACACUGAUGGAAGAGCUCGGCCUCCAGGAGCAGGAUCUAUUGAACUUAGUCCACAUGUUAAAACCGCAGCACCCUGACACCCACACACAGUGAGGCCAACCAGAUUGAUAAUGAACAUACAGUCCCGAGUUCACACUGAAUGAAACGUGAUGUUUAUUUUUCACAAAUAAAUUUGUUUGUAGCUGUAA